CUCGCAAAAGGAAAAAAAGUCCAUUCCCUGUAAUCCACCAGCGCAGCAGGUCCCUCACACGCCGCGCCUGGCCACUGCCCACUCCUAGUCCUAAUCAUCUCCUCAUCGCCGUCAUCGGAUCAGAAGAAUCCUACCGAAUCCAGGCAAGAAGCUCCGACUCUGAGCGAAUGGCGUCGUCGCCGGAGGUGAUCCAUGCCUGGUCGGCGCCGCGCUCCCUCAGCACCAGCCUCAUGUACUCCUUCUCCCAAAGGGAUGACAUGGAUGUGCUCGACGAGCCUCUCUACGCCAACUUCCUGCGCGUCACUGGCUUCGACAGGCCCUACCGCGAGGAGCUUCUCUCUAAAAUGGAUCCUGAUGGCAAUAAAGUUGUCAAUGAUGUCAUUUUCGGGCCAGGAGAGAAAAAAUAUCGUUAUUGCAAGCACAUUGCGAAACAGCGCCUCCCUAACCUCACAGCAGACCUGAUGAAGAAAGGAAAACAUUUCAUAUUGAUACGCAACCCUCUAAAUAUCCUGCCAUCAUUUGAUAAAGUUGUCCCACCGUCCUUCAUGGAACUCGGUGUAGCAGAACUUGUUGCAAUAUACAGUGAGUUGCGUGAGCUUGGGUGCCCUCCACCAGUGAUAGAUGCAGAUGAUCUGCAAAGGGAUCCUGAGGCUGUCUUGAGUGGACUAUGUGAAGACCUGGGCAUUCCUUUCCAGCCACAAAUGCUCAAAUGGAAAGCUGGCCCCAGGGACUUUGAUGGUAUUUGGGCCCCUUGGUGGUAUGAAAGUGUGCACAAAUCUACGGGCUUCUCUAAAUCCCGCCAUUACCCUAUGACUUUUCCAUUUGCAUUUUAUGACCUGCUUGAGCAAAGCUUGCCCUUUUACAAUAUGCUGAAGCGCCAUGUAAGGAGAACAGCAGGAAACCUACAACCACCACAGUCUGAUCCUCCUCUUCCUGUCCCAGAAAAUAAAAAAAUUCUUGUCUGGGUUGGAGAUGAGCUGUUGCCACGUGAUAGUGCCAGGGUUUCAGUGUUUGAUUCCGUUGUACAAGGAGGGGAUGCUGUGUGGGAAGGAUUGCGUAUAUACGAUGGGAAAGUAUUCAAACUUGAAGAACACUUGGAUAGAUUGUUUGAUUCUACAAAAGCUAUGGCGUUCAGCAAUGUGCCCAGUCGUGAUUGGAUUAAGGAUGCAAUAUUUAAGACUCUUAAUGCGAAUGGAAUGUUCAAUAAUGCACAUAUAAGGCUCACUCUCACCCGUGGGAAGAAGGUUACAUCUGGAAUGAGUCCUACUUUCAAUCUGUAUGGGUGUGCCCUGAUUGUACUUGCAGAGUGGAAACCACCAGUUUAUGAUAACUCACAUGGGAUAAAGUUGUCAACUGCCACCACACGUCGUAAUUCUCCAAAUAGUGUAGAUUCAAAGAUACAUCACAACAAUCUUAUUAACAACAUUCUGGCAAAGAUAGAGGGCAAUCUUGCACAGGCUCAGGAUGCUAUCAUGCUAGAUCAAGAUGGUUUUGUAUCAGAAACAAAUGCAACAAACAUUUUUAUGGUUAAGAAGGGCAUUGUGUUGACACCUCAUGCUGACUACUGCCUUCCAGGAAUUACACGUGCAACUGUCAUGGAUCUUGUUGUCAAAGAAAACCUGGUACUACAUGAACGGCGAAUUAGUCUAUCUGAAUUUCAUGCUGCAGAUGAGGUGUGGACAACCGGAACAAUGGGCGAGAUUACACCGGUCGUGAUGAUUGACGGGCGUGACAUUGGUGACGGGAAAAUUGGUCCGGUCACAAGACAAAUCCAGAACGCAUACAAAGUCCUGACAGCGGGGUUAGGAGUACCAAUACCCAGGAAUGCCGAGGCAUAAUGAUUUGUGUAGACACUCCAGACAUUUGUUAUUCUAUGGGCCAACUUCCAGGGAGACUGAUUGUAGCAGUCUAGAGUAAUACUAAUAAAUAGUCACCCAUAGUCGCUAGGCUUUCAAAGACGUGCCUGGGAGUUAUGGAUUCAGUAACCUGGGAGGUUAUUUGUGAAAGUGGUAUAGUGAACAGAAAACUGAGUAUUUGAAAUAAUGGGGGUUAUCGAUUCAA